CUUGUGUAAGUUCACUGUUGUGUGCCUGACAUUCAGACGACAAUAAUAUUUCCACAGCGAGGAAGCAGUUCAUCUAGAAGUCUCUCAACGUCUCAAGAAAGAGGACUAAAAUGCUGUCUUCUGUUAUUGCGAAAAGACUGGUGGCAGGGGUGUGCCAGGCAGCAUGGAGACCAGCAGUCACAGGGUUGGUAUCAUCUCGUGGUUACCGUGGAGAUGCACCAGAUGACACCAGGGGUGACCUGAUUGAGAUCCCUUUGCCCCCUUGGGAGGAGAAGCCCGGCGAGCCCACUGACAUCAAGAGGCGCCGCCUGCUGUAUGAGAGCCGCAAGAGGGGCAUGUUGGAGAACUGCAUUUUGCUUAGCCUUUUUGCAAAGCGAUACCUGAACACAAUGAGUGAGAACCAGCUGCAGCAGUAUGACAGACUGAUUAAUGAACCAAGCAAUGACUGGGACAUCUACUACUGGGCAACAGAAGCUCACCCCACCCCUGACGUUUACCAAGGAGAGGUCAUGGAUAUGCUGAAGGAGUUCACAAAGAAUCGCAACCAUGAACAGAGGUUAGAUGCGCCCAGCUUGGAGUACCUGGAAAAGGAAAGUCAGUGAGGUCUGAGGCCCUUUAGACCUUCACAGAGACUCAUUUUAGGUGGGGCGCUUGGUGAAAUAUCAGUGCUAUAACCCACCAGAAAAAUCCUUCAGAUGUCAGCUGUGUUUCUCCAGUUAUACACAGGAAAAUGUACAAAAUAUUGUGGAGUGCAAAAUAAACUUAACUAUCUAGUACUAUACACCUCUCCUUGAAAUAUUCCUGAAAGGCUUGGUCCACUAUUUCUUCUGUUAACGCCAGUCAGUUAUUAUAAGGAGAAGAAGAUUUCUGGAAGCUGAGGGAAGUUUGUAGAUUUGGAUUGAUGCAACACAAUAUUAGGAUGGUGUUCUGAAUAUUUUGCAUUAAUUUUAUUGUAAAUUUGUGAUUCAAGACUGUAAAUUAAAACUGCUCAAUGUGUGAGAUGCAUACUGAACAAGCCAGCUUUGAUAAAUAGAUACAAGGUGAUUAUCUGUUUCUAUACUAGACAAUUAAACAAACACAAUGACUCACUCAUUAGUGACCUUGUUAAAUUGUCAUGGUUUGUUUCUGUUUAAUGAUUUUACUGUGCCUAUUACAGACAUUAUGGGUUGUUUAAUAAAUGUUGAUGCUCUACUGUUA